CAAAACGUAGAAGAAGAACUCCCUUCCUGUCUGUUUGUGGUAGUAGAGAGAUGUUCAUGUUUUGACAGCAAGGACAGAGGAUCUUAUGUUAUGAUUGACUGCUCAACAGCUCUGAAUAGUGUAUUUUAAUACUGGAAAUGUUGUCUUUGCGGAUUGUGUGCUCAUCCCGGGCUUUACUGCUGAUGACGAACCGACAGUCUGCUUAUAAAACUGUUACAUGUUCAGCUCAUUGUGUGUCUGCCAGCUUCCUCCAGAAGGACACAUGGUGCAGCAGCAACAGGAACCUCAAAGCACUGGGAAAGGAAAGAAAGCAUGCAGUCAGUUCACACAGGAAGAAUUACUGCACAAGUCAAGUCAAGCUAAACUGCUGGAACUGCAAACAGCCUCUUGACAAAACAUCUGGAUUCUUCUGCAUGGCAUGCAAAGUAAUCCAGCCCCCAGAAGAAGGGAUAUCCUUCUUUAAAAUCAUGGAUUGUGACUACUCAUUCACACUGAACACACACAAGCUGCAGAAAAGAUACUUGCAGCUCCAGCGGUCUCUACAUCCAGACAACUUCAGCCAGAAAUCUGUGAAAGAACAGGAGUAUUCAGAAAGCCACUCGGCUCUUGUGAACAAAGCGUACCAGACUCUGCUUAAGCCUUUGAGUCGCGGCCUUUAUAUGCUGGAGCUGAAGGGGAUGAGUAUAGAAGAGGGCACCGAGUCCGGGGCUGAUUCGGAGUUCCUAAUGGAGCUGAUGGAGAUCAAUGAAGCCCUUGAUGAAGCACAGACUCCAGAUGAAGCCAAUAAGAUCGGCCAAGACACAAAAGGGCAGCUGGCAGUGUUGACAGAGAAGAUAGACGCUGUCCUUCUUAAAGGAGAGCUUCAAGCCGCCAAAGCCUUGCUCGCCCAAAUGAAAUACUACGCAAACAUUGAAGAGAAAGUGAAGGAAAAACUUUCUGAAUUCAUGUAAUUUCCCCCCGAAUACUAGUGUCACUUUAUUUAAUAUUUUUAUCUACUUAAAAAAGUUUUGCACAGAAGCACAGAAAUUAUUGUACUUUUGUCUCGGGAUUAUGUAAAUCUAUUGUUCACGUUGAAUAAUAAAACUGCUUGUAAUGCAUCAUACACAA